AUGGAGGGGUUAACCAUUGACGACUUGUUCACGCCUACUGCCGAAACAUAUGCCAUCAUCGCCGAAACCGAGAAGGCAUUAGCUUCAUUGUAUGGCUCUACGGACAAAGUGGCAGCAGAGCGAUGGCUUACAGAGCUACAGCAGCAACCGCAGGCAUGGAAGAUCCCGCGGGCACUACUGUUGACUACCAAGCCGGUCGAAGUGAAGUUCUAUGGAGCAAUGACGUUGUACAAUAAGCUGACCAAGUCAUGGAGUGACAUACCCGAGCAUUUGCGAGGGAAUGUGGGCAUGUUUAUCAUCGAUUUCAUCAUACGGAAUGCCGGCGGCGAGUCCCUGGUGCGCACGCGACUAUGCCAGUGUCUCGGCGCAUAUGCGUUACAGACAGUCCCCAACAUAUGGGCUAACCCCGUCACAGACACCAUCCAAGCACUGGUUGGUGCUACAUCCGACGAAAUUGUAUUCGAAGCAUUACUG